CUUCUAUGUUUGUGUUUUUUCCAAAGACACAUUUUAUGACUUUAUGUGGUUCCCGGCUCAGAAGCUAAAGAGACAAGCACUUUGAUUGCUCACCAAGAACUUGCUCGCUCUCCAACACUUCCAUGGCAUCUGCACCUUGGAGCUGCCCUUCUCCUUCUUCCUGCUAUGCCAACUCAAUAUCAGAGAAUCAGCUGACCAAUCCUGUCCCAGCACACAAACUUCGCCCCAGAGACCAUGGCACCACCCAUCAUCAUCAUCCUCCAGCUGCCAAGUUUCGACUGGUGAAAGCUCAGGCUGCGAAGGACGACGGGCGCACGAAACCAAGGAGCAUGAUUUGCGCCGACUGCGACGGAAAUGGUGCAGUCUUGUGUUCUCAAUGUAAAGGCGACGGUGUGAACCCUGAGGAUCUCUUCAAUGGACAGUUCAAAGCCGGCGACUCUUGUUGGCUGUGUGGAGGCAGGAAGCAUAUGCUGUGCGGAAACUGUAACGGAGCGGGAUUCAUCGGCGGCUUCAUGAGCACUUACGACGAGUAGACUGGUCGAGUUGAGGCCGCGUGUGAUGAACGAUGCUACUAUAUUCACAAGCUCUGUCAGGCUCAAAAUCAAAAGCUGAUCCAAGGUGUUAAUAGGAUGGAUCUUUCAUAGCAAUGUGUGGCUACUCAUUUUCGUU